CACAUUUGGAACGUGAAACAAUUCGCAACGCUUUUGCAAAAAGGGCGCAUUCAGCGCCACGACGACUGCGAUCUACUCGGCAAGCAACGAACCGCACCGCAGGCCACAUAUAUUGAGCAACCAGUAACUUCCCAGCCGGUGCUUAUGUUCGCUUAAUCACGUAGUCCUAGCUGAUCAGCCCAUAAUGAGUACAGCGGCAUCUGUUUUGCUGCAGUCCUCUCAAGGAAGCCCGCUACGACCAGCGGCAGCCAAGCCCACAUGGCUGCCUCAAUCCCGACAUGCUGCUCGGCGCGCCUCCCUCGGCCAGCCUCUGGUACGCCCCAGUCGCAAGCACAGUCACAGCCCCAUUGCUGCUCAUGCUGCUGAUGGCGAUAACCACAGCAAACUCGGGCCGAGUGGGACGCCUCAUCAAGAGCAACUACCAGGCGGCGCCGGCUUCGGUGCAUUCAGCAGCCACCUCAGCACCUGGUUCGCGGCCCAGCAGUGGGCCUGGCAGGUGCUGCGCUGUGCGGCCGCCGCAGCCCUGUCCCUCACGCUGCUGGCUGGCUCCGCCAGCGCCGACUACACCUCCCUUGCUGCUGCCUCCCUGGCUCGAACCAGGAACCUGUGUCCGGCGGUAGCGGCAGUGGCGCAGCCGCGUGGGAGAGACGGGGCUUGCGACAGCAAAGCUAACCACGGCAGCAGCAGCAGCAGCGGCAGCGGCAGCAGCGUUGGGCAUGCCAGUGGAUCGAACGGCUACGCUGCAUCCUUGCCGCCACCUCUGCUGCUGCUGCAGCUGCCGCUGCUGCCACAUCUCCCUCAAGCAGCGCAGCAGCCGCUACCCCUGUCCCAGCAGUCGCAACAGCAGCAGCGGCUCUGCGAGGCUGGGGCCAGCACCGCAGGCGCCUCCUGCCUCCACACCCUUGCCAGCAGCACCCCCCUCAGCAGCACCCUCCCCCUCGGCCCCAUGCCUGCAGCAGCAGGCGAGCUCGCCAGUGAGGCGGAGGACCGGUUGCUGGAGGCGGCUCGGCAGGUGGAGGCGCGGCUGGAGGGGGUGCUGGGGGCGCUGGCAGGGGGGGUGCCGGGGGUGCUGGGGGGGCAGCAGGGCGCGGAGGCGGAGGAGGGCGUCUCCCGCGCCACCGCCACCGCGCACACCCUCAUCCGUGAGGUGUGGGAGGUGGUGGAUGCCAACUACCUGGAUGCGCGCGCCAGCGGCUUCGACCGGCGUCGCUGGGCUGAGCUGCGGGAUGAGGGGCUGUCGCGCUCCUACCGAGACACGGCAGCGGGCUACAGGGCAGUACGCGAGCUGCUGGCCCGCGGGCUGUCCGACCCCUACUGCCGCUUCAUCGGGCCCUCCGAGCUGGCGGCCAUGAAGAAGUACGACGUGAGCGGAGUGGGGCUCAACCUGGGUACGGCGGCGGAGUAUGUGGUGAAGACGGGCAAGCCAUUGCCUGGCCUGCCCUCCCCCGCCUCCACCUCCGCUUCCCCCUCCACCUCCCCUGCCUCCUCCUCCCCUGCUGCUGCCACUGCCACUGCCGGGGAGGGCGACGAGGG